AGCUCAUUCAUCCUCCCGCUGCUGUAUGUAGCUGUUCUAAUCUCUCCUGUAGCGUCUUUAUAAGCGGAGGUCCUCCUUCUCCUCCUCCCUCCUGCCGCAAUCUCUCUCCUCUAUCUUUAGCUCUGUACCACACGGGCAGCGGCUUAACGCUCUUCUUGAGUUUACGCUUUCAUCCCUAUUCGGGCCGGUUUGUAUCUCUCAAUCGUCCAUCCGACCCACACAGAUGAUGACACUCUGGAGCUUUUAUCUGCUGUCCUGGACUUGAGAAGCGCAGUGAAUGAUGUUGUUUUCCCCGAGCCGGAGCGCACGGCAAGCCCGGGCCUCCCUCCUUCUACCCGGGGUCUUGAUCUGCGUAAUCCUCGCCGCCGUCGGUGCGAGUAUGCCGGCAAACAAGUGCCCCGAUCACAUAGACUGUGCCAGGAUGCGGCGGCACUUAUCCAAAUCUGGAUCCUGCCACUGUGGCCCCUGCCUUACCCCAUUGGAGGAAGAUGAAUUGGGACUUUGUGUUGAUCACAGGAGACACAAUCCCCAGCACCACCUCCAAGUGAUCUCCUAUCAUGACGUUGAUGAAGAAAUCGACCAUCUGUCCUCUUUCAUUGCCAAGCAGCAAAUGUCAGAAGUCAAGCAGCCAGAGUCUCCUCUACAAUCCCGGUCAGAAUCGAAGCAGAAGAGUCUGCCCAAACCCACAACCAUAGAACUAACAACCAGCAGCCCAUCGACACCACAACACCACACUCCUAAAUCUCCCCAGCCAAUCACAAACUCGUCCGAUCGUCAUGGGCCGAUCGCUUCCCCCAACACUUCCAGAGACAGCCUGCUAGUCUUGAUGAUAUCUUUAUGCAUUAUUUUGGGGGCCAUGGCACUUAUUGUUGCUACCGUCUGCUGGAUCAGGUUACAGAGAGAAACUCAUUUGGCUCAGAAGGUGGAUUACCCUGCAUUUCAUGCAGCAGGCCCCGACCAUAACCAUACUUCUUCUGGGGAUAAAACACUGGCUCACAAUGCUCAGAUGUAUCACUACCAGCAUCAGAAACAACAGAUGCUCUCAAUGGAGAAACAUAAAGCAGAACCUAAAGUCUCAGAGUCUGGGGCCACAUCAGAUGAGGAGAAUGAAGAGGGAGAUUUCACUGUGUAUGAGUGCCCUGGACUGGCACCGACUGGAGAGAUGGAGGUGAAAAACCCACUGUUUGACGACUCCACCUUACACUCGCAGAGAAAUCAUAAGUGACCUGGACACACACACACACACCCCUGCAUAAUUUUAGAAUAGGCCUAACACACCUAAAAGCAUUCCUCCAUAGGGUGAAGUUGCACCACUCAUGAAUGAUGACAUCGAAAAAACACUAUGACUGUAUUUUUCCUGGAACGUCUGAGCUGAUGCCCAGCCCCUCAGAACAAAGUGAAAAAAAUACCCAAACUCUAAAGAUACUGAAGAAGGGAUGGUAUGUAGACGAGCGAUGAAGUAACAGACAGCAGUGGUUAAGAGGUUUUCCUUGUACUCAGAUGCACAUAUAAAAACUCUUGCGCCGCAAACUCUCAGUGGAAACUCAAACCGUCCUUUUAAUGCGGUUUCUUUUCACCACACCUUUAUUCUUUAAGUCUGGUGUUUCUUCAAUAGCGUUUUAUGUCUCCUCCCUUUUAAAAUCACGUGUCACGUUAGGAAUCUUUAUAAGCGUCUCUUUCGGCUAGAUGUAAUUUUUUAAAGCAGUGUUCAUCUUUUUUGGGCAAAGCUGCCUUCAGAAGCGCACCUUCUUAUUAUUGUGUAUAAGAAAUACACAGUGGUCUCUCAUACAUUGUAAUUUGCCUCUCCUUAUCUGAAUAUUAUUUUCUUAUUGUCGACAUUUGCUUGUCUUUAUCAGUGCUGAUCUAAAACAACAUAAUAUAUUCUCUUUUUUUAAUUAAGAAGAGUUCUGUUUCAUUUUUGUCACUUUAGUAAUUUUUCCUCUGUAUGUUCUUCAAUGAAGUGUGAAGUCUCUUUAUCCCACUCUUAUCUCUUUUUUUUUGUUUGUUUGUUUUCUUUGUAUCCCUCAGUAAAAAUCAAAAUGCAGUUUAUCUAAUGAUAUAAUGACUGUGGCAGGGAAUUAAAUACUAGUCACACUGAAAAAGAGAUGUUAUGGUUCCUGUGCUCAAGUCACUUUAGUGUAAAUAAAUAAAUAAAUAAACUUAAAUACA